UUGUAGGUUUUCUCUUAGUUUCUUGCCAAAGAACACACAGAACACCCUGUCUUCACACCAGAAUAGAUCGCUUCACACCACAGUGUCAAGAAAAGGACUGGAAGAAUUUUUUGAUGACCCCAAAAACUGGGGGGAAGAAAAAGUGAAAUCUGGAGCUUCAUGGACCUGUCAGCAGUUAAGGAAUAAAAGUAACGAAGAUUUGCAUAAACUGUGCUGACGCUGGAGCAGGAAGCCAAGCGGCAGAGGCUGCCUAUGCCCAGUCCAGAGCGCCUCGACAAGGUCAUAGAUUCCAUGGAUGCGUUAGAUCAAGUGGUCCAGGAGAGAGAAGACGCGCUAAGGCUUCUUCAGACGGGACAGGAAAAGGCCAGACCGGGUGCCUGGAGAAAAGACCUCUUUGGAAGAGUUAUCUGGCACAAGUUCAAGCAGUGGCCUUUGCCGUGGCACUUAAAUAAAAGGUACAACAGGAAGCGGUUCUUUGCCAUGCCGUACGUGGAUCACUUCGUCAGACUGAGACUUGAGAAACAUGCCCGCAGUGAAGCGAGGAAGAAAAGCUUACAGAAGAAGAAAGAAAAGUUUCUCCAAGAAAAGUUCCCAGAUCUUUCUGAAACUCAGAACUCCAAUUUUGCCUAAGAUGUCUGAAGUUUUACCACUGUGUUCGCUGCAAACAAAAGUGUAUAUACAAAAGUAAAUAUAUGUCAAACAGUUCAUAAAGUAUUUUUAGUCAGAUGA